GCAAAAGCACUUGGACUAUAAAAGACAACAAAUCAUAUUCCUCCGGAGUAUAUACACCCCGUUGUCCACCCAAUGAGUUCCUAUUUUGUUAACUCAACUUUUCCCGUGUCUCUACCGGGAGGACAGGACUCUCUCCUGGGUCAGAUCCCGUUAUAUUCCUCGGGAUACACCGAUCCGUUAAGACACUACUCCAACGCGGCCACAUAUGGAGCAGCCAACAUGCAGGACAAGGUUUACCCCGCGUCCUACUACCAGCAGACGGGCGCAGCAGCCGCGGCCAUCUACGGCAGGGCGGGCGGAGGAGGAGCGCCCUGCGACUACAACCCGGUCGGGACUUUCUACAAGGACGCGGAGGGUUCGUGCGCUUUCUCGAGCCGCGACGAACAGCCGCUGUUUGAGCACCAGCAGCGCAAAGCAGCGGAGUGCGCGGAGCAGACUGUCAGCAUGAGCAGCAGCCUCGACGACAAGUCCUCCACCCUCAUCUACCCGUGGAUGCAGAGGAUGAACGCCUGUUCCGCCGGGCCGUUUGGCAACAGUGGCCGCAGGGGCCGGCAGACCUACACCCGCUACCAGACCCUGGAGCUGGAGAAGGAGUUCCACUUUAACCGCUACCUGACCAGGAGGCGCCGGAUAGAGAUCUCCCACGCUCUGUGUCUGACCGAGAGACAGAUCAAAAUCUGGUUUCAGAACCGCAGGAUGAAGUGGAAAAAGGAGAACAAACUCCUGAACCCUUCAAAGACAGAAGAGGAGGAGGAGCAGGCGGAGAAAAAGAGCUAGAGAGAGGAAAAAAAGGAAAGACACUGAGGAGAAAGGAGAGAGAAAGUGACGUGUGUGUUUGGGUGCACACUAAAAAUAAAAAUGUAUUUCUUUGUAGAUAAAGUGCCAUGUUAGAGAUAGACUUUAUUUCAGUAUGUGCACGGUGAUAAUGUCUGCAUUAGGUUUUAAAAAUCAAUCUUUGUCUUUAUUGUGCUUGUGUGUUAAUUUAGGGGACUAUGCAAAAAAAAUCCGCCAAAAUGUAAAUAAAUAAGUGUUUAGUUUUUGAAAAUUGUUGUUACCUCAUCUACUGACGUUGAUUUCUUUGACUUGUGUCCCCUCAUGACGUUAAAAGAGGCUCCUCUGAUGUACAUCUUGUGCUGUAGUUGUUCUAAAAUGAAUAAUAAUGAUGAUAUUAGUGUUGUUGUUUACAGCUGUGCCAUUCACAUUUGUACAGAUGUUAUUUAUUGUUGGUCACCCAUGUGUUCAAUGCACAUCUGGA